ACAAAUCUGAACUAUUAAAAACGCUGUCUGACGAUUGCGAUAACUCAAACUGCAACCAGAUUCGGUUUUUACCCCAACACUUCCACCAUUGUUCUCUGCAAAAAGUGUGAAAGGUUUUUACGUCAACACUUCCACUCCAACAUUGUUCUCUCUGCAAAAGGUGUGGUACAGAGUAGAAUUGAAAAACUCGAUCAGAGCGAAGCGAAGAGAUGGAGGCGGAGAACAGCAGCAGCAGAUCAGUUCUCGUACUCCAUAACGGCGUGAUCGUGACAAUGGACCCCCAGAGGCGUGUAUUCCGCAACGGAGCAAUCGUCAUCGACCGCGAUCGAAUCACAACCCUUGGUCAGUCCUGCGACAUCCUCCGUGAUUUCUCUGCUGUUUCGCACGAAAUCGUCGAUCUUCACGGCCACUUCUUGCUCCCCGGAUUCAUCAAUACGCAUGUUCACACCUCGCAACAACUUGCUAGAGGCAUUGCGGAUGACGUUGAUUUGAUCACUUGGUUACACGAUCGCAUUUGGCCUUACGAGUCCAACAUGACCGAGGAAGACUCUUACGUCUCCACUUUACUCUGCGGAAUCGAACUCAUACACUCUGGUGUAACGUGCUUUGCUGAAGCAGGAGGACAACAUGUGUCUGGAAUGGCGAGGGCAGUGGAGCAGCUGGGCUUGCGUGCAUGUUUAACUGAGUCAAUUAUGGAUUCUGGCGAGGGUUUACCAGCAUCUUGGGAUAUAAGGGCCACAGAUGAUUGUAUUCAGUCUCAAAAGCAACUUUACAAGAAGCACCAUAAUACAGCAGAUGGACGCAUUCGGAUAUGGCUUGGAAUAAGGCAAAUUAUGAAUUCCACGGAUCGUUUACUAACUGAAACAAGAGACGCGGCCAAAGAACUGAAAACUGGAAUUCAUAUGCAUGUUGCAGAGAUACCUUAUGAGAACCACUUUGUGAUGAAUACUCGAGAAGCUGAACAUGGGACAGUUACAUACCUGGAGAAAAUACAAUUCCUACAAAACAAUUUGCUGGCAGCUCACAGUGUUUGGGUCAAUGAUACAGAGAUUGGUUUUCUUUCAAAAGCUGGAGUAAAAGUAUCCCAUUGUCCUGCUGCUGCAAUGAGAAUGCUGGGAUUUGCACCCAUAAAGGAAAUGCUGGGUGCUAACAUUUGUGUGUCCUUGGGAACUGAUGGGGCACCAUCCAAUAAUAGAAUGAGCAUUGUUGAUGAGAUGUACCUAGCUUCUCUGAUCAACAAAGGACGAGAAGUUUAUUUGAAGGGAACAACUGAUCCUAUGGCUCUUCCUGCUGAAACGAUUCUCGAAAUGGCAACAAUAAAUGGUGCCAAAUCAGUAUUAUGGGACGAUGAAAUAGGCUCACUUGAAAUUGGGAAAAAGGCUGAUGUCAUUGUAGUCAAUCCUUUCUCUUGGCCUAUGAUUCCUGUGCAUGACAGCAUUUCCAGCCUCGUAUAUUGCAUGCGAAGUGAAAACAUUGACUCAGUUAUGUGCAAUGGUCGUUGGAUAAUGAAGGAUCGUAAAAUAUUGAGCUUGGAUGAGGGAGAAGUGAUUUCAAUGGCAAAGCAUGCUUCUAGCCAACUUUUGAAGAAAGCAGGCAUCCAGAUUCCAAGCAGAAUGAAUUUCAUUUAAGUUUCACACACAUGGAUGUCUCAGAAUAAUACGGCCACUGAAAAGAUCUGAUUAGCAUAUGCCAUCUAGAGAAGUUCAUAAUGAACUGUCUGGAUUUUCUGCUGCAAAUCAUGGAUUAGAAGUUCCCAAGGAAGACAACUGGCAUAGUGAACAGGGAACCGAUACAAGUUCAUGCGGGGUGAAAGAAAAUAAGUAGUUGUUUAGUGAACUGGGAACACUUGCCAUUAUAGCACAAUCCUAGUGGCUUCUCCCAUUGUAGAUGUUGUGACAUUACUUGUGACUAAUGUGAGAAAUGUUUCCCA